GAGACGACUCUCCCCACUAGCAUCCACUCUGUUUGUAGCUGCCUUAGCUCUGUCAUUAAGUUAGUUCACCAGCCUCCCUACAGCCUGCUGCACUCUCAAAAGCAUUGCAGGUCUGUCCUUUUUUUACUGCGAUACAGACGAGUAGAGCAGCAGGUGAACUAAGUAACAUUUCGGGUAGAAGACACCGGUGGAGAUGUGUAAUAAGCUGCACUGGACACUAAGGACCUACCUGGCUGCCAGCCUAUCAACUGACAGCUGUCACCGCACCUAGCUGCUUAGCUAGCUGGCUAGGUGAGCUAACGGCUAACAAGUGUUUUUUCGGGCUCAUUGCCUGGCUAAAUUAGCCAGCCGGUGCUGUUCUUUGGUCAGAGUGGAAAGCGGCGACUUCCGCAUGGACGUUUCGUCUUAUUAUUUUCUCAACAUUAUUUGACUCCGCCUGCUGUUCAAACCAUGAGUUAGCCGAGGAGCGUCGGACCGCAGUGUUUGGGAUAUUUUGAGUUGCAACUAGGUAGCUAGCAUUUAGCUUGAAGCUAGCCGACUGCAUUCAUUCAAUUAUUGAAAAACUGCUAAGUGGUGAACACCAGCAUCUCAACGAACAGGGACUGGUUAUAUCCAAUCCAAAUUGUUGUGACGACACGACAAUAUUUUGGACUUGAACGUGCUUUGGAUAACCUCGGGGAGAAAUGAAGAAAUUUUUUGAUUCUCGUCGGGAGUUGGUGAGCUCUGGGCCUGGCUCCGGAGUCGGUGGAGGAGGCGCUAGUUCCGGCGGCGGUGGCAGCUUCAUCGGACGGGUCUUCACCAUUGGACGGUAUCAAGUGACCGUCGAGGAAAUUGUCGCCGAAGGAGGUUUUGCCAUAGUGUUUUUGGUGCGGACUCAUCAAGGUGUACGUUGUGCACUAAAAAGGAUGUAUGUCAACAAUGAACACGAUCUGCAAGUCUGCAAACUAGAGAUACAGAUUAUGAAGGACCUAGUGGGCAACAAACACAUAGUUGGCUUCCUGGACUCCAGCAUAGCUGCAGUUGGAGCUGGUGAUGUGUGGGAAGUCCUGAUUUUAAUGGACUUCUGUCGAGGUGGGCAGGUGGUUAACUUAAUGAACCAGCGGUUACAGACAGGCUUCACUGAAGCUGAGGUGUUGCAGAUCUUUUGUGACACGUGCGAGGCGGUCGCUCAUCUCCACCACUGCAAGACUCCAAUCAUCCAUCGAGAUCUUAAGGUGGAAAAUAUUCUUCUGCAUGACCGGGGACACUAUGUGCUCUGUGAUUUUGGAAGUGCCACCAACCGCUUCCAAAACCCUCAGACAGAGGGGGUGCCAGCCGUAGAGGAGGAGAUCAAGAAGUACACUACUCUGUCAUACCGCGCUCCAGAGAUGGUCAACCUCUACGGUGGAAUGGUCAUCACUACAAAGGCAGACAUUUGGGCCAUGGGUUGUCUACUCUAUAAGCUGUGCUACUUCACGCUUCCUUUUGGGGAGAGCCAAGUGGCUAUCUGUGACGGAAGUUUCACUAUCCCAGACAACUCCCGCUACUCCCAAGACAUGCACUGUCUCAUUAGAUACAUGUUGGAACCUGACCCAGAUAAGAGACCAGACAUCUACCAAAUAUCCUACUUUGCCUUUAAACUGGCUCGACGAGAGUGUCCAGUCCCAAAUGUAAAUAAUUCACCCAUUCCUGCAAAACUUCCUGAGCCCAUCAGAGCCAGUGAAGCUGUGGCCAAAAAGAGUCAAACCAAAGCCAGGCUCACAGACCCCGUUCCUACCUUGGAAACCUCAAUUGCACCUCGCCAACGACCCAAGGCUGGCCAGGCUCAGCCCCAGCCGAUAUCAGGCAUCCUUCCCAUCCAGCCAGCUCUCACUCCACGCAAGAGACCCAAUGUGGCUGCUGGAGCACCACAGGCCAUAGGUGUUGGUAUUAAUGUCCCACCUCCAGCCACAGCUGCUGUCCAGGCUGCUCAGCAGGCUCCUGCUGCACCACAGCCAGCUCAAACAGCCAACAUGCAGCCACAGGCUACACCGCAGCAUCAGCAGCUCCUCAUGAAGCAGCAGCAAGCUUCAGGCUUCUUAAGCCCACAGAGUAACCAGCAGCAUCACCUGGUACAGAGCCUUCAGCAGCAGCAACAAGCAGUGUCUCAGGCGUCCACCCUGCUGCACUCCAAAGCUAAGCCUGUUCCUCCAGUUAUUACCCUGCAACUGCAACACCAGCAGCAGCUGCAUGUAGCCCCUGUCCACGAAACAACAGCUCCUCAUCUGACAGCCAUCCCUGAGUCUGCAGUCGUUGGUCCUGCAGCUGACCCAGAGAUUGUGACAGCUAGCCGAGGGAUUCAGAAGGUUGGCUCAUUGACACCCCCCUCGUCGCCAAAGAUGGCCGCUAAAAGUGGCCACAGACGCAUAUUGAGCGAUGUCACUCACAGCGCCGUGUUCGGGGUCCCAGUCAGCAAGUCCACCCAGCUACUCCAGGCAGCCGCAGCUGAGGCGAGCCUCAACAAGUCCAAAUCAGCCAGCACCACUCCUUCUGGCUCCCCCUGCUCAUCCCAGCAGAGCGUGUACCAUCCAGGUGAUAAUGACACCCAGUCAGCCCUCACUGCACCCAGUACUCAGCCUAGCUGGAACCCCUUUGGGGAUGAUAACUUCUCCAAGCUCACAGCAGAGGAGCUACUUAACAAAGACUUUGCAAAGCUAGCUGAGCCUGCUGCACCGGGUGAGAAGGUCACAGGCUCCAGUGAAAACCUCAUUCCAGGGCUCAACACUUUCCCAGAUGAAAGAUCUGCAGACAUCAUGAGUGCAGGUUCAGUGUUGUUGACCGUCCCGGACCCCUUUAAUAGCCUUUCCCUCUCGGACACCACAGAGAAGCUGAUUGAGGGACUGAAGUCCCCUGAAACUUCUCUGCUGCUCCCAGACCUCUUAACCCUGGCCAACCCCUUCAAUAGUUCUGCAGAGAGCUCCACCCAUGUGAAGGCAGACGUGUGUGUCGAUUCACUGAUUCCGGGUUUGGAAGCCCCCCAGGCCCAGCUGCACUCAGGCCAGCCAGAGUUCAUCACUACCAGCAUGCCAGACUCUCUCACUGGGGAGGACUCUCUGCUGGGUUGCGAUCUGUUAUCUCAUACUUCUCCUCAUGGGAACCAGUCGGUUUCUGCUCUCCCUUCCUCCUCCUCCUCCUGCUCCUCUGCUCCUCCUGGCUCCGGCCCUGGAUCCUGUCUGGAGGAGCUGCCGCCUGGUCAGACAGCUUCUGACUCUGCCUUCCUCAUGUCGUGUGGGGAGAAGGGCAAUGACGACGAGUUUGACCCUAUUCCUGUGCUCAUCUCCAAAAACUCAAAUCAAGAUGUGCAAGGGGAGAGUAAUGGCUACUCUGUGCUCGGUGAGGGACAAGAGACUGAACCUCAAGAAGGAGAUUCUCAAGCACGUGAGGGAUGCAUGCACUCCAGCGAUGAAGAUGAUGAUGAGGAGGAGGAAGCCCAUAAAGAGGAGCAGGAGAAUGUGGUAGCCAUUAAGAGUCAUGCAGCAGCCCAUGACAGCAGCGGCGCCAGACCUCUGCUGCUGGACUCUGAGGAUGAAGAAGAACAAGGACCUCAGUUAGCCCUCCACUCAUCACCGCACUCCAGCGCCGUACCAACACAACCAUCUACUACCUUCCACCAACCUACUCCGAGCACCUUUGCUCAGAAUCAUUCCCAGCAUGUACACGAACCAGCAAAAGGUGCAGAUGUCGCUGCAGAUGUCUUCUCAAAAGCCCCCUUUCGGAUUGCGCAAGAAGAGCCGGCUGAUGUGUUUGCUAACGCUCCGUUUCCACGUGGCCCCCUCGCAGCUCCGCAGCAGUUUGAUGUAUUCUCUCAGGCUCCCUUCGGAAAAAGAAAGGAGGCUAUGGGAGCUCAGCUCUCGUAUCCUCAUGCAGCUGGAGUUCAUGCUGUUACCCCUGAUCAAGGUGUGUUGGGACAAGUUGCCCAGCAACCAUUCCGCCCACAAGCUCUGGCCAAAUAUUCCCGACACUUUGAGGGACCUGUGCCCCAGCAGCCAGUAGCAGCUCAUCGAGUAGUGUCUAACGUGAGCAGGCAAGCUGCUGUGGCAUCAGUCCCCGUUGGACCUCUUCACUCAUGGACCUCAGAAGUGGGCGCUGUAGACCCUUUCGUCUCUGCACCAUUUCACCUCAAGGCCCCGCAAGAAAAACCCUGAACGCACACUCAGCGGUCAGGGCAGUGGGUAUCAGCGCUCAUCACUGAAUUAUGCAAACUCUAACAGGCAUACUGCAUGCUGUCACCAGCGCCGCAGCUGGACUGCAGGCCUGCAUGGAUCUCAUUCUUAACUGGCUCCAAUUAGUGAUAGUGCAACGUCAUCUUUACACUUGAAUGCUCAGUUAGAUUUAAAAAAACUGACAUCAUUUCCUGACUCCUAGUAGCUUUUUAUUUUUUCUGUCACAUCCUUUUACUUUUCGAAUUGUCUUCAAUCCUUUUGGUACGUACAUCUAUACAGAGACAAUAUGGUGGUCAAGCAUUUGAUUGUUUUCUUGCCUACCUCAGUUACUUUUUGUGUCAGCACGGAAACACCACACAGUGAGGGAGUACAAUGAUUGUGUGCAGCUUUGGCUGUUUCAUUUCCUGUAUAUUUGAGCUUUACUGUGAAAUUAUGAUCUGGUGACUGCGGAAGCCGAGGACGGCUGUGCUUGCACUUAUUUUUUAAUGCCAAUUUAUCAAGAUCGUAAGUUAAUUACGGGUUUAAUUAUGUUGAUUCUUAAAAAAACAAAUGGAAGAUUCCUGGAGAUAACAAGAUGAUUUGUCACAAGAAAACUAGUUUUGUUUUCUCAAGUUCAUGGGAUAAUUACUGAGAACUUGAAAAUGAGGGUCUGGGUUAUUUGAUCCCAACUAAUUUCAGGCUUCAUGAACAGCUGUCAUGGUUUAAAUCAGUUGCUACAGUUGUCAAGAUGCUAUCUGUACAUGUCAGCAUGGCACUCCUGAUCUUUGAUAAACAUUUUAACUAAUAAGAGCACACCUCCGUUUGUUUUCUUGUGGUAACAGGUUGAUCUUCUCGUUAUCUCAAGAUAGCAAAGCUCAUUUUCUCAAAAUAACAAAAUAAUGAACUCGUGAUCUUGAGAUAACCACAUUAAAACAUUUCAAGCAUGGCCGUUCUUUCGUCUGUAAUGCCUCAUUCCUUCUUUAUGUUAGUUCUCAAAAUUGUGCGAUGUAGCUUGAAUCACAAGAUCAUAACUUCACAGAAGCUCAGAGGAAGAAAAGACACUGUAAAGAUAUUUCAGAGGCAUUUAUCUGUUGUUACAUCAAACGAGCAAUUUGUUAACAACCUUACAAUUAUGCCCUCAGAGUCAGUACUUUGGGCGCUUUGGGUUUUAUGCUUGACGGUUUGUUCUGACGCAGAUGCUGGAUAAUGAUGCAUAGACAUUUCAAGGACAACGUGUUUAUGUGAAAUGUAACUUUUUGUUGUUUCAUUCCAAAAUGUUUUGCAUUUUGUCAUGUAUUAUCCGUGUGGUCACUGUCCUGUCUGAUGAAAAUGGAAUAUCAGUGUUUAUUCCAUGAAACGUACGAGCCGUGUUUAAGUAGAAAAUACAUUAUAGUGGUUCCAAUGUUAGAUAAAUGUAGAAGACUUUUCUUUGUAUCUAAUUACGCUACAAGAUGAUCUCUCAGAAGCCUUAUGCUCUUACAGUACAUCCCUCUGACCACAUCGAACAGCAUCAAUCACUUUUGCCUUCUGUGCCCUCCUUAAGAAAUCUGCUGCAUUGAUCAUUUUAUUGCACUGGCAUUCAGCACCAAAUACGUGUGUACAAUCGUGUACAACUUCCUUUUGCUGUCUGCAGUAUGCUAAUGCACCAUCCAACUCUAUAAUGCAUCUCUAUGGUAGGUCUCUAUAAACUCCAACUGUGUACUAACUGUGACUCACACGUACAAACAACUGACGUGAAAACAUAAACUGCAACUUAAAUAAAAGCUUUCCUGCAGUCACAAAUAUCUACAGCACUUAUGCUUCGCAGUUCCAGUCAGGGAUUGUAAUAGUAGUAUCUUCUAAGUGACAUCUUGAAUGGUGACUGAUUGAUGACAUUCCUUUUGAGUUUAUUUCCAUCGCCAUUUGGGAAUAUUUUAUUAUCCUUGUGCUCUGUAAAAUCUUGGAACACUUUUUGGUUCCCAUCGUGGCACUUUUUAGAAAGGGGAUCCAACCUGUCUCAGCCCAAAGUUUAAUUCAUGUAUUCCUCUGUUGCAUUGUAAAAUCCUGUUUUCUUUUCUAUUUGAAGUGUACAAUCUUUUUAUAUAUAUAUAUAUAUAUAUAUAUAUAUAUAUAUAUAUAUAUAUAUAUAAAUGCUCACUUUCUUCACCCACCUUGUAUACAUGAAGGUUGCACAUCGUCACUGACACAGAGUCAGGGUUCCCUAAGAAUGCGUUAUGAUUGUAACACAGCUGUAUAAUGUAUUUCAACAA